AUGACUUGGCGCUCGCUCUGGAGUCAACUGACCGUAACAACCUCCCUCCUCCUCCUCCUCACCACCGUCGAACCAAGCGCUGUCCAAGUGUACGACGCAAUGGUUUCUGAACUGCCACCAGUAGCUUUCGACAUGUACAUCUUAGCACAGAGUUGGCAACCGGCUUUCUGCUUUCAUAAAGAGACGCAGUACCCUGGUUGCUGCACCCCGCAGCGCUACUGGCGCUCGCAUCUGACCCUGCACGGGUUAUGGCCCGAACUAUCGGGGAGUGCCCCGCCGAGCUUUUGCUCGAGCGAGGCGUUCGAUGCCGAGAAGAUUGAGCGUGAGCUCGGUAUUGACACGCUGCACGAGUUCUGGCCCGACGUCAAGUUCAGUGAAGCGUCGCCACAGUAUACGGACUUUUGGAAGCACGAGUGGGCGCGGCACGGCACGUGCUCCGGUCUCAAGCAGGUCGAGUACUUUACCAGUGCUAUUGACCUCGAACGCAACGAGACGUUGGCACCGACGCCCGAACUCGUGCAGGACAAUGUCGGGGGUCACGUCAACGCUCAAAAGCUGCGAGAAGCCUUCGGUGACGCAGCUCUUCAGUGCCAACACUCGCGCGAUGGGGACACGUACGUCACCAUGUUCUCCCAAGUCUUUACGUGCUGGCACAAGGACGAGCACAAUGUACCGACCCAACGCGGGGCCUGUCCACCGCAUAUUCACUCGGAAGACACGUGCGGCAAAGGCACUGUGAGCAUCCCUGGGUUCCGUGCUUCAGACAGUGACCAGGGACAACAAGACGAGAUGGACUCAAGCGAGUCGAGUUAG